AAUGGUCUGUCGGUUGGAGGCGGCUGUACGUCGCUCGCUGCUCUCCCGUCUUACAGGGAUCUCUCUCAAGUGUAUAGAAAAGUUGGGUGAUUCUUGUGCUUAAAUAGCGCUCUUGCUCUCGACAAGGAAUACCGAGAAUGAUGUUAAUCUAAGUGAAAGCUUGGCAGUGAAAAGGCCCGUGGUGUAGUGUAUCACAUGUGUGGUGUUAAAAGUCAACUAGCGUAGAAGCCUGCAGACUUCAUCAUGUGUUGAACAGGUGUGGUGGUGGUGCUUGGCCUCUCCCUCCGCGCCGGCCGUGUGAGGGCGCUAUAUGUAGCGGACUGUGGUGAGCAGUGUUGGCUACACACCUGACUGUGGGGAUGCGAGGUGUGAGCCGGGCGGGCAGGUAGUGAUGGCGGGAGCUACUGUCACCUGGACCCCUACACUCUCCCUCACCCGGGGGCACCCUGCCACCGCCUCCACUACUGUCACCUGGACCCCUACACUCUCCCUCACCCGGGGGCACCCUGCCACCGCCUCCACUAUCCCCCAGGGGAUCCCAACCCCUGCUUCCCGGGCCCCCUGCUCCCCGUCCAACCCCAGAGGAACCCCAAUCGCCACCUCUUCUUCCCCCUCCCAAACCAACCCCGGGGAAACUGCAGGUAUUCCCUACUCCCCAAAGAAGCCCCAUGGACCUGCUGCCAGUGCCGCCACCUCCCCAAUCGUCCCCAGAGGAACCCCAAUCGCCACCUCUUCUUCCCCCUCCCAAGCCAACCCCGGGGAAACUGCAGCCAUUCCCUACUCCCCAAAGAAGCCCCAUGGACCUGCUGCCAGUGCCGCCACCUCCCCGAUCGUCCCCAGAGGCGCGAGUGCCACCACCCACACCACGCCCACGGCCUGCCACCCCGCCCACCGCCUGCUGUGGUGGGCGGUGUUUCUCCUCGUGUGGGCGUCUUCUCCCUGUCAUGUCCACUCCCACAAAUGCAUCAAGCUGGAAGAAAGAAAUCUUACAUUGCCACCGCCAAGAUACGUGUAUGACAAACGGGAGCAGCGGCAACUGGCACUCACCCUUGACACCUCCCAGAGACUCUCUCACCAGCUGACCACUGCGGUUGUCAAGAUCCUCCUAGAGGAAGGCUUGGGCUAUCAGAAUGUAUCCAUCUCACAUUAUGAAGAAGACAGUUUUAACCUUACAAAAGCACUAGAGCGACUUAAUGCAACUAGCAGGAAUGGUAAUGGAGGCACUAUACCCAUUGCUAUGAUCAACCUGGAGGUGUGGCAGCCACCCAGCUCUCGUGAGGAGGAUAGAAUAGCCAGGAGUGACUGUGGCUCGCAUUCCUCUGGCAGCAGAUUUGGUUGGUAUGUCUCCAACAACAGUUACACGCAAACUGACCACAUUACGGACCACUGGCGGUCCUUCCAGCGACCAGAUAUAACACAACUCUUUGAGCUCACUUGGGAAGAAGAUGCUAAGCUCAGGCAAUUAACUAAGACUUCCACUGGGUAUUACUGUGACGCUGACUACUGUCAUCAAGGCAUCUAUACACCGUCACACUGCAACAACGAUACCCACUGUGCUACUCUAUUUGUCGGCAGCUUCAAUACAUAUUCCAAGUUUCUGAAGGAUCAAGUGGACGAGGAGAAGCUGUUCGUUCGCAUUGCUUGGAUAGGACCAAAUCUUGACCCUCGGUUCCUUUGCACUUUUCGGGGUUCUAAGCCCAUUGUAUUCUUUGACUGGUGGCCAAACUUGCUGUCCAAUUUAGAUGAAUUCAUGCCAGUUUCUUUUCCUUCUUGCUUAAGCUUUCGAGGUGAAGAUUCAUAUUUGUGCAAUUAUGAACUGCAUACAAUGAAGAAAUUUAUAUGGGGAGAACUACUAAAUGCUGCAAAAGUUGCUGUGGAGUCAAUAAGACGAUUUUAUCUGCGUGAAGAAGAUUACCAAGAGCUGUUAUCUAUGUAUGGGGACCGUGCUUCUAGCUGCAGCACCAACUCCUCCACUGCUCUUCAGCCAACAAGUCAAGUUAUAGAGGAUAUUGCUUGUGAGUGGCUACAGCGCAACCGCAGUGAUGAUACGGUUGUCUGGAAGAAUUGGCUAUCACAUGACUAUUAUGCAAAAACAAUCUUGUGGAUUGCAGGAAUAUUCCCAAUGAGUAGUGAGAGAAAUAUUGGGUUUUCCAGCCAUACUCUGGUUAAUGCUGCUGAACUUGCCUACAAUAACGUUAAUAAAAAUGAUAAAGUUUUGCACGAUUUUGAGAUUGACGUGUUGAAUCAGAAUGGUGGCUGCAAGAGUGAAGAUGUACUUACAGCGUUUAUCCGUUACGUGCGGAAGGACUCGAGUCACCUGACCUUCGAGCAAAUGAUAGGAGUUCUUGGUCCUGCUUGUUCUGAAACUGUGGAGCCUCUCGCGGGUGUGGCCAAGACCUUCAAUACUGUAGUGCUGUCAUACAGUGCGGAGGGAGCAAUCUUCAGCGACCAUGAAAAAUAUCCACACUUUUUCAGAACCAUUCCAGAAAACAAGAUGUAUGGGUAUGUGUACUUUGACUUAUUCAAGUUAUUUGAGUGGAAGAAGGCGGCAACGCUGACAGAAGAUUCCAACAAGUAUAGCAAGUAUCUUAAUUUGUUACGCAACAUGCUGCCCACUACAAUGGACCUUGAAAAUCGCAAUUUUCAUAAAAAUUCUGAUAGAAACAUGACGGAUCAUCUUAUGAAGCUGAAAGCCAAAAAUCUUAAGAUCAUCAUUGGUGAUUUUUACGCAAGCACGGCCCGUGAGGUGAUGUGCGAGGCCUACCACCUCAACAUGACAGCCCGCCAUAACUAUGUAUGGUUCCUGCCACGCUGGUUCACCAGUAAUUGGUACGACACACAACUUUAUUCUGAAAAAGACAAGAAAAAGAUUCCGUGUAAUACCUCCAUGAUGUUAGAGGCCAUAGACCGUCACAUGUCCUUGGGCUACGCUUAUUACGCCGAUGAUGACUUUGUUUACCAUGAAAACAAGACUGUCAGGCAGUGGAGAGAGGAAUACUAUCAACAAUAUCAACACGAACCUGCAGAAUACGCUGGCUACACAUAUGAUGCUGUAUGGGCGUAUGCCUAUGCCCUGGAUAAACUUCUGAAAGAAGAUCGUACCCAUGUUUCCAAUCUGCAUAGUGACAGAACCAACAAGCGAUUUGUUGAACUUAUACGAGAAACAGACUUCAGCGGUGUCUCCGGGCUCAUAAACUUCCAGAAUGUUCGCUCUCAAAAAACCACAAUAAACAUUAUGCAGUUUAUAGCUGAAGAUAAUGGGAAAGGUGGAAAUUAUGAAAUUAUUGGAACAUAUGUUCCUACAAGCACUUCAAGUGGUGUCCUUCGCUUGGAUAAAUACAACCAUAGGUGGCUAAAUGGCAUACCAAGUGAUGGCUCACCUGAGGAGACUUGUAUAUUUGAAACUUUCAAGAAAAUCCUCAAUGUAACGUGUGAUGUGGCCAUAGUUAUUGUAAUGGUCCUUAUCUUUGUGGUAUUUGCUAUCAUCUUGAUUGCCCUCUUCAUUGUGUACAAAAAGAGAUAUGAGAAGAUGGUUCCAGAUCAACAAUCAUGGCCACUGGGAGAACUCAUGUCUCUAGAUGAGUGGGAGCUGCCCAGAGAAAAAGUCGUCAUUAAUCGUACAAUUGGUGAAGGAGCAUUUGGCACAGUAUACGGCGGUGAGUGUCAGUUUGGGGACACUGCACCGUGGAUGGCUGUAGCAGUCAAAACACUCAAAGUUGGUUCAACAGUCGAGGAGAAGCUGGACUUCUUGGGUGAAGCAGAAAUGAUGAAAAGGUUCGCCCAUAAGAACAUUGUCCAGCUGCUGGGUCUUUGUACUCACCAAGAGCCCAUCUAUAUGGUCAUGGAGUUUAUGCUGUAUGGCGACCUGAAGACUUAUCUGUUGGCUCGUCGUCACUUGGUAUCUGACAAGUCGUUACAUAACGAAGAAGAUGAGAUCAGCAGUAAACGUUUAACUAGCAUGGCACUUGAUGUGUGUCGUGCAUUAGCCUACCUCACCGAGCUCAGAUAUGUGCAUAGAGAUGUGGCAUGCAGAAACUGCUUAGUGAGUGCCGAGAGAACGGUCAAGCUCUCGGACUUUGGCAUGACUCGUCCAAUGUAUGAGAGCGACUAUUACCGGUUCAACAGACGAGCCAUGCUACCUGUGCGAUGGAUGUCUCCAGAGUCCCUUGAAGAUGGACUCUUCACCAACAUGAGUGAUAUGUGGUCAUACGGAGUUUUGCUAUAUGAAAUCAUCACUUUUGGCAGCUUUCCCUUUCAGGGAAUGUCAAACAACCAGGUACUGGAGACUGUAAGGGGAGGAAACACUAUUACCAUUCCCAAAGGUGUCAAGCCUCAGCUUGAGCGCCUUCUGUUGUCUUGUUGGAGUAUGGAUCCUCAUGAUCGUCCCACAUUCAACGAGUUGAUGGAAACGUUAACCAUGUGGCCUCGUCUUAUUACUCCGUGCCUCGAGGUUCCUUCAGCUGCAGUCCAGAUUAAUGAUACAGACUCCUUAGAGUUUGUAUUGCCUACUGAGCAGGUUUGCCGAAGAAGUUCUGCACCCAAUGCACGUCUUCCAAAUACAAGAGUGCGCCACACAUCGGGCAAUGAAAAUGUCCCAAGCACCAAUGCAGUUCAACUCAACAGUUUCCCUCGUGCUCCUAACUCGUCUGUUUUAACAAAUAAUUCUAUUUCGUCUACGCCAUCCUCUCUCAAUCCUCCUGUCUCCUUUAAUUCACCAAGUUGGAAUCGUGCUCUUCAAGAAAAUGGGGGAGGGCCCUCUGUAGAACCUCUGUUGCCUCAGAAUGGUGAUGCUUAUGUGACUAGAUACGUUUGUUUACAACGCACCAAAUCUGGGGAGAACAGCAAUGAUUUAGACUCGCCUACCAAUAUGACUCCCGUGUGAUUUGAUAUGAAAGCUUUUUCUUUUUAAGUUCCCGGUAAUAUUUUACAAUUUAAUUUUUUACUGGUCAAAAUACAGAACUUUUGACAAGUUUUGGUUAUAAAUGUAACAUGUCCCUUGCCAUCAAAUGAAAAGACAUUUCAUUGACAAGGCUUGUGUGUGGUGAGUGAAGACUUGACCAGGUACACUUGCUGGUCAUGUAACUUUUAUAGAAACACUGUGUUGGUUGUUGUUUAUAAACUAUUCUGCUAUAACUCAUGUCCACACAAGAAAUAAUGCAAGUAGAAACUUAUUGAAAUCAUUGUGUAAUAUUUUAAACAUUUUACUCAAUAUAAGAGACAGUAUACAAACUGUGUUAAUUGUGCAUAUUAUAUUUUAUGUAUAUUAGCUGUUUUGGUCAAUGAAUAGACCAAAGUGUGUACAUAAUGCUGCAUAAACAGAAUAUGUAACAGUGCAGGAGAUCUGAGGUCCCCACUACAGGAAGUGAUUAGGGUGCUACUUAGUGUUCAGCAGAUGACAACGAAACUCAAAGGCUUUGCGUGUUGUCUUUUGAUAGUUGUCAAAACUGGAUUAAAUAUCAGCUGUUUUACUGUAAUCAUUUAUGAAUUAAUGAUAAAUUAUGUGUGUAGAAUGUCAGUGUUGAGGGUGUUAGCCACAUCUUUUAAUUUCAUCAUAUUGGUUUUGGUCAUAUGUCAGUGAUUUGAAACAUUUUACACAAAUAGAAAAUAUCUUCACCUCACACUGACACACAGAUAACUAACAAAAUAUAUAAGCAAAUUACUGCAUUCGGCAGUUAUAUUUUUAAUAUGAGGUGCCAAAAAUGUACAAAUGAUCAAUAGACAUAUUGUAGUUUUAUUAGCAGCAGUUAUUUGAUACCUCUUCAUUUUCCUGUAAAAUAUAGUUCCUGCAAAACUGCCUCACGAAGUAGCUAAUCAUUAUAUGAUUUAGAUUUUAUACAUUUGACCUGUUACUUUGCUCAGAUUUUUAAUCAAAUUACGGGAGGGCUGGGAUAUGAUGAUUCACAUAUUUAAAAUAUAAUUUAAGGUUCCAGUUUUAUUUUAUUAUUUGUUUUAAUCAAGAAGUGGUUGUAAACAAGGAGUUCCCUUUUUGGGCCCUUAAGGGACCGCAUGUGAAGGCGAGUCUGAGUAAACAAAAAUUGUUUAUUGUGUCCCAAGGCUAUCUGUAUUUUAACUUGCUUUCUUUUAUGAAAUAUUAACAUCUGAUACACAUGGAGAACAUACACUGUAUAACAUUUUGUUUUGAAUAGAUUGUAAAUUUCUGUGUCUAAAUAUCUAAGGAUGUGUAAGUGCAAUGUCCUCUAAUGGUGUGCUUUACUACAUUCUCAUAUAGUUGUCACUUCAUUUAAAACUUACCAUGGGUUGAUAGUCCCAAAUUUUGAGUGUUUAAUAUACAAUAAGCAAUUCAGAUCAUCAUACAACAAAAUUUACAGGAGUAGAGAACUAGAAUACAAGAUAAAAUCCACAAUGGCGUGAAUCAUCGGAGAUUCGAAUUCGGGCCUCAGAAGUUGCAGAACGGUCUUAUACCUUUGAGUUUUGAAUUCGAAUCUCCAACAAUCCAAGUGAAUGAAAUGAAACUCAAGAUUUUCAAUGAUGUAACAUUCUAUGGAACUAAAAUUUAAAUUUUAGAAUUACUCAGACUUUAUAAAUAAAAAUAUUUGUCAUUGCUGAUAUUGUUGAUAGAUAUUAUUGUAUUUGUAGGUGUUGUAUAUAUAUAUAUAUAUAUGCCAUAGAAAUAUUUGAAUUUAUUUGCUCACUGGGAUGGUUGUGAUUGAGUAUGUUGAGUGAUUAUUGCCAGGCAUUAUUAUAUUACAUAGGACUAAAUUAUAAUAUGUACAAUACUCUUAAAGAGGUUUGUUAAAGACUUGUUGAAUUUUAUUUUGUGGAGGCAUUUAUUAAAAGAAUCCACAGUUGGAAUGCUGGGAUGAUGCAGAAAAAAUGUUACAACAGCAAGGAGCAUUAUAGUACAUACUAGAGUAUUUUAAUGACAGACAUUUGUUUAACAUCCGCCACCCAAGACGUUUGAGUGGACUGCUAAUUACCAUCACGUGUGUACAAAUUCUGUAUAGUUUUUAUAUUCAGUACCCAAGGAUAAAUAAAGGGAAUUAGACGCAGAAAAACUGUUGAGGAAAUAUUCUUGUACACAUUCAUAAACAUAAUCCCCUGUACACAACACAAAGUUCUUUCCAUGUCACAUACAAACCAAGAAUAAAUUUACCUUGAGAAGUAUUGUGUGCAUCUGGGGCAAGUUUAGCAUGCACAACACUACUUUUACACUAUGACUAACAUAUAAACACUCAUGUAAUUAUAACAGACUCCCUAGAACUGUGCACUUAAUCCUUCUGCUGUGUAUCACAUGAUGAGCGCUUUCAUGAUUUUCGUGGCAUUUACCGACCGCUUGUGAGCAUCAAGACGUGUAGCAACUGAACGUAAAGUAUAUAAACUUUUGAUUGCGCAUGCAACUGUUAAAGUCUAUGGGGACUGAAUGGCCUUGAUUUUAUACACUUGGAAAGCCAUUAGUGGCCACUUAACCUCGGCGAGGGAGACAUGUCGCAUGCUUCUGCCUUGCCUCGCCAUCCUGUCAACCUGGAUGGGGUUCUGGGAGUGGUUCUACUCCCAAAGCCCGGCUUGACUUGUGGCAAUUGGUCCACUAGGCUCUUGCUUGGAGCGGCCCGCAGGCCCACAUAUCCACUACAACCUGGUUGGUCCAGUACUUCUUGAAGAAAACUAUCUUGUAUUUUUGUGGAGGAGCUAGGAUACUCAUGUUUUUAUGAUAUUAAUGAAAUUUCAUAAUUUGUAAUGACACUAGGGAUCUCCCUGAAUGAACUUGUGGAAAUAGUAGACAUUAAUGACAGAUUGGCAGGAAAUACAUUCUUUCAAAGCAGAAGUGUGCAGGUGGGAAUGGGAGCUAGCAGGCCAGCAGGAGUUACUCCAUAUACACAUUUAUGUACGGAAUGUAUGUAAUUUGUGCUCAAAUCAAAAGUAUAGCAGCUAAACAAAAGUUUUGACAAUUUUCCUAUAAUCUACAUGUUCUUUCAUUUCAUAACUAAAAUUAUUUGACAAAAAAGUGUGCACACAGGAGGUUGCCCCCAACAAAUGCUGCAUCGUGAUGAUUAACAAUGCAUUCACUUUCAUAAUACUGUACUGAUGAAAGUGGAAAAUGAAAGCAAAAUUUUAAAACCCUUAUUUAAAUUUCAAGAAUGAAUAAAAAACCAACGAAAUAAGUGUCUUUAGUUAGUGAAGUGUUAGCAGUCCACUCGGUAAUAAUGCAGUAACAAAUUUCAAAGUAAUAUAAUACAGUAUAUACAGUACUGUAGUAAAAUGCCUGUUCUCUUGCCUGUUAUGAGCUCUAAGUUCACUUUAAUCAUCAAUCAAUAGAAAGGUCUUAACUCCAAUAACAAUUGUCAUAGUUUUAACUUAAACUGUCCUCAAUCUAGUUAGUCUCCCUCUAAUAGUAUUUAAACAGAUUAAUAUAUGUUGUUAAAUGUUUUCUAUUUUAAUAUUUUAUAUGCGACUGGUUGGGUUUAGUAGUGUUGGUGAAUCAUUUGACUUCAUGCAAAACUAGACUUUGUAUUUUCUUUUAUGACUGUUGCCCCAUUGUACAUGAAAAAAAUAAUAUUUACCUAAGUUAUAUCAAAAUGGUGCAUAAUUUAAAUUCUUAAAUUCUAAAUAAAAAUGAAACUUUGGCAAAUUUUGACAUUUCAAAGAGCAAAGUUGUCAUGAAUUAUUAAUUUUAAUGCGGUUAAGAGCUAGUCAUUAUUAAGCUUCCUAUGUAAUGAAUAUGUACAUUGCCUACUUAAUGCUUAAAGAAAAUAAGAUUGUAAACAGCAUAUAACAUACCUUUGUGAUCAGUAUUUAUAUCAGUAGCAUGAAGAAAAGUAAUGUCUCAGCACUACUAAAUUGAAUUGUAAGUAUAACUUCAUUGUCGAACACAUCAAAUGUCAGCGUAUAAAAGUUGUUCAGUGCCGCUAUUACCUGUUAGGCUGAAGAGAUGAGCUUUCUUUUAUGUGACAAUAUUCACUAAACAAAUGAAUGUAUGUUAUGAAAUAGUAUAUUUUAUUAUACAGAUAUAGUACUGUGUGUAUAUAUAUAUAUAUACAGUAUAUAUAUAUAUUAUAUACAGUAUAUAAUUUGUUUUAUCAUUAUAAAUGCUUGUCAUAAUCUUCAGAGUACCGGUACUGUAUUAUAUAAAUAAGGAUUGUUGCUGCCUUGAAAAUAUAUUUCUGAAGCCUACACCUAUCAUUAGUCAUUGCACUGUGCCUGUUGUGAGUCAGAUGUCUUGCCAAAGUUAACCUUUAAUGUGAAUCCAUUGUUAAUGUACUGUUGUAAUGCUGUUGAUAUCCAGUUACAUGUUUGCAUUUGUCUUAUUUUAAUCCAAGGUUCAAUGUAGGAAAGACCUGAAGUGUAGCAGGCAUCUCCCCUCCUCCCAUCCCAUCCAUAUGUCCUCAGCCAUAAGUCUUCAAGGCUGCACCAAUGGUGUGUUUAGAUUAAGUACAAAUGUAGAGUCAUGGAUGUUGAGUACAAACCUAAUAAUUGGUCAGUCCUUGAUAUCUAAUUCAAACCUUCAUUUUGUAUGCUACAGGAAAGCAAAAUAUUGUAAUUACAUUUGAAAACAUUUACAAAAAAUAUUUUUGUAUGUAAAGCAUUAUACAAUUACAUAUUGAUUGAAAAAGUAAUUUAGUAAAUUUGUAAAAAAAAAAAUAGAGAAUAAAAAUAAAAAAUGUUUUGGGAGAUGAGGUAAUUGUAGUCACAACUCCCAAUAGUAGAAAAAACUCCACGGAAUGGUCAUCGAAUUCCAUUUUAAAUAUAUUUUUUAACGAGCAGUGGAUGUUAAGUGAGAGGAUGUUGACGAAAGUGUAUAUCAUCACCGAAGACAAGCUUGGGCUGUAUUAUCUCUACUUGACUUUAUAUUUUUGUUGUGCAAGUGUUAUAAUUUGCUACUAAUUACAAUUGCUCGGUAGCAAGCAUGGUGCUAAUGUAUCCUUUGUUCUUCAACUUAUAAUGAAUUCUCAUUGAUAUUGUUCAAAGUAUGAGUGUUUUGUUGUGACUCAACAGAGUAAACAUUUUGUUGUGACUCAACAGAGUAAACAUUUUGUUGUGACUCAACAGAGUAAACAUUUUGUUGUGACUCAACAGAGUAAACAUUUUGUUGUGACUCAACAGAGUAAACAUUUUGUUGUGACUCAA